AAUAUAAAUAAUGAAGUCAAAUGUAAUAAUUUAAUGUUUUUGGCUUGCAGCGGAUUUGCGACCAUUAAUUAAUUAGAUCUAGAUCUAGCUAGAUAUCUAGCUGCUAGACCAAGUAAAAAAAAUCUAGAUUACGAAAAUAGUAAAAAUGAUUACAAAAUGUAAAAAUGAUUACAAAAACAAAUCUAUCCAAAUUUUAAACAUUCUGUAUAAGAAUAAAAGAUGACGCCAAAUAAAGUAUGGUUUACAGUACUUCCGUUGAAUUCCGGAAGUGUGUGACAGACUUUGGCAUUGUUUUGCUGUUUUUUACUGCUAUACGAUUCCGGAAUAAUAACCGACGCUAAACUAAGCUUCCCUUUUGAUGUUGUAAAAAAAAAAACUGAAUAAAGAACAGGAUGGCAGUUUCUGUGAACAAAGGUCGAAGAGUAAUUGUAUCUGGAAUGGGUAUAGUUUCAUGUUUAGGGCUUGGAACUCAGCAUGUCUGGGAGCAGCUCAUAUCUGGUAAAUCAGGAAUCACACAAAUCAGAGCUGAGGGUUUUGAACAGAUUCCAAGUAAAGUAGCAGGUCUUGUUCCUUGGGGACCAAGUCAAACUGAAUUCAGUGAUAAUCUAGUUCCAAAGAUUGAUGGGAGAGCUAUAACUAAGAUGACAAAAUAUUGUCUUGCAGCUUCUGAAGAGGCUUUAACAAUGGCUAACUGGAAACCAGAGUCUGAAUGGGAUAAAGAAAGAACAGGGGUGUGUAUUGGCACUGGUAUGAUCCCUCUUGAGGAAGUUGUACUUGCUGGUGAAUUAUUACAUACAUCAAACUACAGAAAAAUAUCACCCUGGUUUAUUCCUAGAAUCCUAGUCAACAUGGCUGCUGGACAUGUCAGCAUAAUGUAUGGCUUUAAGGGACCAAAUCAUGCUGUAUCAACCGCUUGCACCACCGGGCUUCAUGCUGUUGGGGAUGCAACAAGAUUUAUACAGAACGGAGAUGCUGAUGUUAUUAUUGCAGGAGGCUGUGAGGCUUCAGUUACUCCCCUUGGAAUGGCUGGCUUUUCAAGAAUGCGAGCAUUAAGUACUAAUUUUAAUUCCAUUCCAGAGCAAGCUUCGAGGCCUUUUGAUAAAGAUCGAGAUGGAUUUGUUAUGUCAGAAGGAGCAGGAAUUCUGGUAUUAGAAGAGUUAGAGCAUGCAAAAAAAAGAAAUGCUAAAAUAUAUGCUGAAGUUUUAGGUUAUGGAUUAUCAGGUGAUGCAAAUCAUAUAACUGCUCCAAAUGAAGAUGGUGAUGGUGCUAAGCGUUGUAUGCAAGCUGCUCUUAGAAAUGCAAAUAUUGAUUUCUCUCUUGUAGGCUAUAUUAAUGCACAUGCCACAUCUACUCCUUUGGGAGAUUCUGCUGAGAGUAAAGCGAUUCUGUCUUUGUUUAAAGAUCACGCUAAACAAAUUUUAGUCUCAUCAACUAAAGGGGCAACUGGUCAUCUUUUGGGUGCUGCAGGAAGUAUGGAGUCAAUAUUUACUGCAUUAGCAGUGAAUAAAGGAGUAGCUCCUCCCACUGCCAACCUCAAAACACCAAUGACAGGAUGUGAUUUGAAUUAUGUUUCCUGUUCUGAAGCACCUUGGAUUAAUGAAAGUUCCCCUAGAAUUGCAUUGACUAAUUCUUUUGGAUUUGGAGGUACUAACGCAACAGUAUGUUUUUCAGAGUAUUUGUCUUAAAAACCCAAACUAGAAAUGUAUUGUUUUGAAUGUAUGGGGUAGAUUCUCAUGAACUGGACCACAGAUUAACCUCGAUGCUUAUUUAGCAGAAUACCAGAGGUUAGAGUCAUCAUCUCAGUUAAAGAACUGAAACAAAUAACUACUACCCAGUGGCAGUUCAAGGGAAUUCAGUUUAAUUGGACAAAUAAAACAUCACAAGUUGUGUCCAUGCAAAGUCAGUGGCAUUGUCUGCUCUGCCAAUUAUACUGUGAGUUGUUCUGUAGAUUUUCUUUGUCAAUUGCUUUGUGGUUGAACUAUGUUCAUAGACAGUAGUUAUUGGGUGAAUGUUUGCUGUAGUGCUGCCAAUUAAGGGCUAAUGACAUUUUCUAAUUAAAGUAAUUGUUAUUUGUUGUAGCAUGUGCCUACUUUUAAAAUGGAUCCUGUUUAUGACAAACGUGAUAUACAUUUAUUGUGUUAAUAAUGGUGAUAAAUGACAUUAAAUUUGUACAUUUUUAUAAAUAAUAGUGAUGUUUUUCUCUCUCAGAUAAAUGUAGAAUUAAAAAUGUGUAGCUGACUUAAAAUAUUCAAGUUCAAGGCAAAAACACUUUAGUUAGUUUAGUCCUCUUAACUCCUUGUGGUGUGGAGGUCCUUAAUCUUCUACUUUGAUCUCCAGCUGUGCCAAACAUUCCUGCAGUCAUUAGUUUUUCUACAGCUUUUUUUGGGCUUUAUAAGUUUAUAAGCAUUCUAAAAUUAAAAUUGUGAUGGUGUGAAAUGGAGAUGCCUAAAUAGGUUGCUGUAUUUGUUUAAUAAUUUUAUUUCUUACUCUAGCUUCAUCUAGCAAGCCACCAUUUCUUAUUGUGGUCAGGUUUUUAAAUGCAAGGAUAAGAAUUUCAAUAUUCAUCCAAAUCAUGCUGUUUUGUCUGUAUGAAGUUUAUGCAUAUUAUGAACUAAUUUUAGAUUAGUUUGAUUAAAUGUUGUACAACUUGUUGUGAUAGUUUAUUUCAUACUUGGAAAGCUAUGUGCAUUAGUCCAAUUCAUAUUGGAAAUAAUAUGGAUUAAAAUUUAAAACAUUCUUUUUUGCAUUACUGUGUACACCAGAAGUUUUGCUAAGCAAUUACUAUUUAUAUUUUAUUUCCAUGAUGAAAAUCAAAGCAUGGUGUUUGAUGUGUUUUGUCAGGGUAUUUGUGCGAAAGAUAUGACACAAUGAAAGGCAGUGAUGUUUUGCAUAACUGGUUGUUAUGGUAUGAAAGCUGGGGUGUUGGGCUAGAUAACCAAU